GAGCCAUGGAAGGCCGGGGACCAGUGGCAGAGUUGCAGCGCUCCAUCAUCUGCCCUAUCUGCAGGGGUCCCUUCAAGGACCCUGUGCUGCUGGACUGUGACCACAGCUACUGCCGAGCCUGCAUCACGGGCCAGUGGGAGCGGGAGGGGGCGGGGGUGCUGUCCUGCCCCCAGUGCCAGCAGGUCUUCAAGCGGCGCAGUCUGCGCACCCACGUCAAACUGGCCGUGGAGGUCAAGAUUGCCCAGAACCUCAACGCCAAGACGGCCCAGGAGGCCCUGGUGGCCAAGCCCCGCCGGCGGCGCGGCGGCUGGAUCCCGGUGUCGGUCAUGCCAGAGGGGCAGGGUGUCGGGAAAAUCUGCAGAUAGUGAGUGCCCCUUUCUUCUUCUGCAUGGUCUAACGUGACACCGGACCCUCCCCAAACCGUCCACUCUGACGCGAGCCUCUCGGACAAUAUCAGGACCGUCCACCUGGGCCUUGGAGAGCAGCCCUGGCUCCCAGACAACGUGCUCCGGAGCCAUGCCAGGCGGCCAGGGUGUCUCCUCCAGCCACAUGCAGCAGAGCUCGGGCACGGCACAUACAGUGAUCCCCUGCGGAUAGGACUCAGCCCCGCGCCCGCAGGGGUCCCCCUCCGGAGAACAGGGACAAUCUGAAUGUCGAUGGACCAGCCCUGGGGACAGACGCAGAAAUGGCUCCCCCUAAGAACAAAAGUGGGACCCACUGGCCCAUCUUACGGAGCACAGCUAGGAAGAACCGUCUGGGCUAAUGAUCAGAGCCGGUGCCCCAUGUCCCAUUCCCCUCCCCGAGCCAGCUAGUUUCCCUGUCCUGGGCCAGAUCGGAUCCCGGGACAAGAUUAGAGCCAAUGCCCCAUAGAGGGGAAAGGUUCCAUGUCCCAUCCCCUGCCCCCCUGAGCCAGCCAGCCCCCCAACCCUGGGCCAGAUCAGAGCCAUCGAGGGGAAAGGCCCUGUAUCCUAAUCCCCGAACCAGCCAGUCCCCCCCAGCUUGGGGCCAGAUGAGGUGGGCCCGUAUCCCGUUCCCCUACCCCACUGAGUAUUUUCAUGCCGUCUGCUCUCUCGUCUCACCAGAGUUUUCCCUGCCGCUCUCCGCUGCAGCAGUGUUGUAUUCUUGUGUGGCUGCCCCUGGAUUUUGUAUUUAGUCCAGUGCAGGCCGCUAUUGUGAUGAAUUAUAUUUUUUUGAGCACAAGAGGAAAAAAUAAACUCCUCCGGGAAACAUGGGCCAGCCA